CAUAAACCCUCUUGCCCCCCUCCAUCACUCCGGAGCACACUCGUUCCCUUUCCCUCCUACCCUUCACACACCUGCGGCUGCUUCAACUACAACGGACGCCUUGACUCGUGGCUCCGUCCCAUCAAGAACCCAUCGCUCGCGACAAUAUCGUCAGGAGACAGCAGAGACACCUAUUCAAGACCGAAGCGAGUCUAGAACCCACGCUCAUCUCGACCCUGCAAGCCGCCGGUUGGCGACGGUGAAGCACGGAUAUAACUGCUACGGGACCAAGCAGAAGCGACCACGUCGCUGUCUAUCCGUACAGCACACGCUAUAUAUAAUCUCCAGCCCCCGAUCUCAGACCUGUGCCCACGAUCGCCGCCUUCCUCCAGACUCGCGACAGCUCGCCUAGCAUGGGCCUGACGGCGGAAUUCGACGACCGACAAACACACAUCGAGGCUGAGUCCACGGAGUACCAUCCCUAUGAAUACCAGUCGGAGAACAACUCCUCCUGGGCGGGUGCCCUUCCGGUGAAGCAGGGCUUGUACGAUCCGGAUCUCGAGAAGGAUGCAUGCGGUGUUGGCUUUGCUUGCCACAUCAAGGGCAAGCCGAGCCACAAAAUCGUUAGCGAUGCACGCAACCUGCUGUGCAACAUGACCCAUCGGGGUGCCGUUGGGUCUGAUGCUCGAGAUGGCGAUGGCGCUGGUGUCAUGACCUCGAUUCCGCACAAGUUCUUCCUCAAGAACUUUGAGCGCGAGGUGGAUAUCAAGCUGCCCCCUCUGGGACAGUACGCUGUUGGAAACUUGUUCUUUAAGCCUGACGAGGAGACUCUGCAGGAGUCCAAGAGGCAGUUGGAAGAAAUUGCCGAGACACUUGGCCUUCGGGUCCUGGGAUGGCGAGAGCUUCCCGUGGACUCGAGCCUCCUUGGACCCGCCGCAAAGUCGAGGGAGCCCAUUAUUAUGCAACCUUUCGUGGUGCUUGCGUCGGCUUAUGGUCCCGGAAAUGCCCCUGAGAUGACUGACCCCCAAGAGUUCGACGAGAGGCUGUUUGAGAGGCAGCUGUACAUCCUGCGGAAGCGGGCUACGCACACCGUCGGCCUCCACAAUUGGUUCUACAUCUGCUCCUUGUCGAACAAGAACAUUGUCUACAAGGGCCAGCUAGCUCCUGUCCAGGUCUACCAGUAUUAUCAUGAUUUGGUCAAUGCGGACUACGAGGCGCACUUUGCUCUCGUGCACUCGCGCUUCUCAACCAACACUUUCCCCUCCUGGGAUCGUGCUCAGCCGCUUCGCUGGGCUGCUCACAACGGUGAAAUCAACACCCUCCGUGGCAAUAAGAACUGGAUGCGCGCCCGCGAGGGAGUCAUGCAGUCCGAAAUUUUUGGUGAUGAGCUCGAGCAGCUUUACCCCGUCGUUGAGGACGGUGGUUCCGACUCGGCCGCGUUCGACAACGUGCUCGAGCUUCUAACCAUCAACGGAGUCCUGUCUCUCCCCGAGGCUGUCAUGCUUAUGGUCCCAGAGGCCUGGCAGGGCAACAACCAGAUGGACCCCAAGAAAGCGGCGUUCUACGAGUGGGCGGCGUGCCAGAUGGAGCCUUGGGACGGCCCGGCCCUGUUCACAUUUUCUGACGGCCGUUUCUGCGGCGCCAAUCUCGACCGUAACGGUCUGAGGCCCUGCCGCUUCUACGUCAUGGACGAUGAUCGCAUCAUCUGCGCAUCCGAGGUCGGCACAAUGCCCAUCGAGCCCGAGAGCGUCAUCCAGAAGGGCCGUCUGCAGCCCGGCCGCAUGCUUCUCGUCGACACCGUUGCCGGACGCAUCAUUGAUGAUAGCGAGCUCAAAGCCAAGGUUGCGAACCGCCAGGACUUCCGCGCGUGGCUGGACAAGGAGCUUGUUACGCUGCCGAACGUGCUGGAGACGCUCACGCAGGACAAGUCCAUCGGGCUGGAGGCCAAGCCUGACGCUGUCUCGAUCCAGGAAGACAAGCUGCUGCACGCAUUUGGCUACACUUUCGAGCAGGUCAGCUUGCUGCUUGCCCCGAUGGCCCAGGAUGAGAAAGAGGCUCUCGGCUCCAUGGGCAACGACUCCCCACUGGCUUGCUUGUCCCAGGCGCCUCGUCUGCUCUACGAGUACUUCAGGCAGCUCUUCGCUCAGGUCACCAACCCGCCCAUCGACCCCAUUCGCGAGUCUAUUGUCAUGUCCCUGGAGUGCUACGUUGGCCCUCAGGGCAACCUGCUCGAGAUGGACUCGUCUCAGUGCGGUCGCCUGCUGCUCCCUAGCCCCAUCCUUUCUAUCCCCGAGUUCAACUCCAUCAAGAACAUGACCAAGCUUCGGCCAGAGUGGACUGUCAAGAUCAUCGACAUCACCUUCCCCAAGAAGCAGGGUGUUGAUGGCUAUCUGAAGCACCUCGACUACAUUUGCAACGAGACCACAUCCGCCAUUGAGAACAGGGAUCGCAUAAUUGUGCUCUCGGACCGCAACACCUCGGCCGAUCGCGUGCCUGUUUCGGCCCUCCUGGCCUCGGGCAUGGUUCACCAUCACCUCGUCAGCAACAAGUGGCGGUCCAUGGCUGCCAUUGUUGUCGAGACGGCAGAGGCGCGUGAGGUUCACCACAUGUGUGUCCUCCUGGGUUAUGGCGCCGACGCCAUCAACCCCUACCUGGCCAUGGAAUGCAUCCUGAAGCUCAACCGCGAGAAGCUCAUCAAGAAGAAGAUCACCGACGAGAUGCUCAUCCACAACUACAAGCACUCGUGCGACGGUGGCAUUCUCAAGGUCAUGAGCAAGAUGGGUAUCUCUACGCUGGCCAGCUACAAGGGCGCUCAGAUCUUCGAGGCUCUCGGUGUCGACGACACUGUGGUUGAGCGUUGCUUCAAGGGAACCGCCUCGCGUAUCAAGGGUGUGACCUUUGAGAUCAUCGCCCAGGACGCUUUCCGCUUCCACGAGCGUGGUUUCCCAUCACGCUACACUGUUGGUGUCCCCGGCCUCACAGAGUCCGGCGAAUACCACUGGCGUGACGGUGGCGAGCCUCACAUCAACGACCCUACGGCCAUUGCAAACAUUCAGGAUGCGGUUCGCAACAAGAACGACAAAUCGUACGAGGCAUACUCGAGGACAGAGUACGAGCAGAUCAAAGCCUGCACGCUCCGCGGGAUGCUUGACUUCAAGUUCGAGGAGUGCACCCCGGUGCCUAUCGACCAGGUCGAGCCCUGGACUGAGAUCGUUCGCCGCUUCUGCACCGGUGCCAUGUCGUACGGCUCUAUCUCUAUGGAGUCACACUCGACCCUGGCCGUGGCCAUGAACCGUCUUGGCGGCAAGUCCAACACGGGUGAGGGUGGUGAGGACCCUGAGAGGUCCCAAGUCAUGUCCAAUGGCGACACCAUGCGAUCCGCCAUCAAGCAGGUGGCCUCUGGACGCUUCGGUGUCACCUCUGCGUACCUCGCCGACUCUGACGAGCUCCAGAUCAAGAUGGCCCAGGGCGCCAAGCCUGGCGAGGGUGGCGAGCUCCCCGGCCACAAGGUGUCCAAAUCGAUUGCCCGGACGCGGCACUCGACCCCUGGUGUUGGACUGAUCUCGCCCCCGCCGCAUCACGACAUCUACUCGAUCGAGGACCUGAAGCAGCUGAUCUACGACCUGAAGUGCUCCAGCCCGCGCUCGCGCGUCUCGGUCAAGCUCGUGUCGGAGACGGGCGUCGGUAUCGUUGCUUCGGGCGUGGCCAAGGCCAAGGCUGACCACAUUCUGAUCUCUGGCCACGAUGGCGGCACGGGAGCUUCGCGCUGGACAGGUAUCAAAUACGCCGGCCUCCCCUGGGAGCUUGGCCUCGCCGAGACGCAUCAGACGCUGGUACUCAACGACCUCCGUGGCCGCGUCGUUGUGCAGACGGACGGCCAGCUCCGCACCGGACGUGAUGUUGCCGUCGCCUGUCUGCUAGGUGCCGAGGAGUGGGGGUUUGCUACCACCCCACUAAUCGCCAUGGGCUGCAUAUUCAUGCGAAAGUGCCACCUCAACACCUGCCCAGUGGGCAUUGCCACGCAGGAUCCUGAGCUGCGGAAGAAGUUCAAGGGCACGCCCGAGCAUGUCAUCAACUUCUUCUAUUACAUCGCCAAUGAGCUGCGUGCCAUCAUGGCCAAGCUCGGCUUCCGUACUAUCAACGAGAUGGUCGGUCAUGCCGAGAUGCUCAGGGUCCGGGAUGACCUGCGCACGAACAAGACGGAGAACAUCGAUCUCUCCCUGAUCUUGACGCCGGCGCAUAAGCUGCGGCCUGGCGUUGCCACAUUCAACGUCCGCAAGCAGGACCACAGGCUCUACGUCCGCCUCGACAACAAGCUCAUCUCCGAGUCCGAGCUUACCCUUGACAAGGGCCUGCCGUCUCGCAUUGAGUGUGACGUGGUCAACACUGAUCGCGCAAUGGGCACAUCGCUGUCUUACCACAUCUCCAAGCGCUACGGCGAGGCUGGCUUGCCUAUGGACACUGUCCACGUCAACAUCAAGGGCUCGGCUGGCCAGUCGUUCGGUGCCUUCCUGGCGCCCGGCGUGACUCUCGAGCUAGAGGGUGACUCCAACGACUACGUAGGCAAGGGCCUGUCUGGUGGUAGGCUCAUCAUCUACCCGCCCCGCUCUGCUGUCUUCAAGGCCGAGGAGAACGUCAUCAUCGGCAACACUUGCCUGUACGGAGCCACGAGCGGUACCUGCUACUUCCGUGGUGUUGCGGCCGAGCGUUUUGCUGUGCGUAACUCGGGAGCCACGGCCAUUGUUGAGGGCGUCGGUGACCACGGCUGCGAGUACAUGACUGGCGGCCGCGUGGUGGUUCUGGGCAGCACUGGCCGCAACUUCGCGGCCGGCAUGUCUGGUGGCAUCGCGUACGUGCUCGACAUUCACCACGACUUCAUGUCCAAGCUCAACAUGGAGAUGGUUGAGGCCUCGGGUCUUGAGGACCCCGAGGAGAUCGCGUAUGUGCGUGGCCUUAUUGAGGAUCACCAUCACUACACCGGCUCGGAGCUGGCGGCUCGCAUCCUCGUGGACUUCAACCGCGCCCUGCCCCGCUUCAUCAAGGUUCUCCCGGUCGAUUACAAGCGCGUGCUCCAGGAGGAGGCGGCCAAGGCAGUCGAGGCCAAGCGCGCCGAGUACAGCCUGCCCGUCGUCUCGGGCGUGGCCAACAAGGACAAGCACGAGAAGCCGGCCAAGCUGCAGGACAUUGAGGAGACGGUCAAUGACGCGGCCGUCGACAAGAAGAAGGCCCUCGUGCUGGACAAGACCAAGGGUUUCAUGAAGUAUGGCCGACGCAACGAGAAGUACCGCAGCGCCAAGACGCGGACGAAGGACUGGGCCGAGAUCUCGAACCGCCUGGACGAGGACGAGCUCAAGUACCAGACGGCGCGCUGCAUGGACUGCGGUGUGCCCUUCUGCCAGUCCGACACGGGCUGCCCCAUCUCCAACGUCAUCCCGAAGUGGAACGAAUUGGUUUUCCGUAACCAAUGGCGGGACGCUCUCAAUCGACUCCUGUUGACAAACAACUUCCCCGAGUUCACGGGACGCGUUUGUCCGGCCCCCUGUGAAGGUGCCUGCGUUCUCGGCAUCAAUGAGGAGCCCGUUGGCAUCAAGUCGAUCGAGUGCGCCAUCAUCGACCGUGGGUUCGAAAAGGGCUGGAUGGUUCCCCAGCCGCCCAAGGUCCGCACUGGCAAGAAGGUGGCCAUCAUUGGCUCCGGUCCCGCCGGUUUGGCCGCUGCCGAUCAGCUCAACAAGGCCGGACACCUUGUCACGGUCUAUGAGCGCGCGGAUCGCCUUGGUGGCCUGCUCAUGUAUGGUAUCCCCAACAUGAAGCUGGACAAGCGCAUCGUCAAGCGGCGCACAGACUUCAUGGAGGCCGAGGGUAUCAUAUUCAAGACGGGUGUGGAUGUCGGCAAGGAUGUGGCUCUCAGGGUGCUCCGGUCGAUGAACAACGCCGUCAUCAUCUGCACCGGUGCCACGGUUGCGCGUGACCUGCCGAUCAAGGGUCGCAACCUCGAUGGUGUUCAUUUCGCCAUGGAGUUCUUGCAUAAGAACACCAAGUCGCUCCUCGACUCCGAGCUGGCGGACAAUGCGUACCUCUCGGCCAAGGACAAGGACGUCGUGGUCAUUGGUGGCGGCGACACUGGCAAUGACUGUAUCGGAACGUCUGUGCGUCACGGGGCCAAGUCGGUUAUCAACUUUGAGCUGCUGCCCCAACCGCCACCGGAACGUGCCAACGACAACCCAUGGCCGCAGUGGCCGCGCAUCUACCGCGUGGACUACGGCCACUCAGAGGUGCGGCAGCACCAGGGCAAGGACCCGCGCGAGUUCUGCAUCAUGUCGGAGGAGUUUGUCGAUGAUGGCGGAGGCAAGGUUAAGGGAAUCAACACUGUCCGGGUCGAGUGGACCAAGUCGGCCUCAGGCGGUUGGGACAUGAAGAAGGUUGAGGGCUCGCAGCAGUUCUUCCCCGCCGACCUUGUGCUGCUGUCGAUGGGUUUCCUGGGCCCCGAGGCGCGCGUACUUGGCGACGAUAUCGAGAAGGACGCCCGCAAGAACGUCAAAACCCCGCCGGGCAAGUACUGCACCAACGCCGAGGGUGUGUUUGCCGCCGGGGACUGCCGUCGCGGCCAGUCUCUGAUUGUCUGGGGCAUCAACGAAGGCAGGCAGGCAGCCCGCGAGGUCGACCUAUACCUGGAGAAGUGCACCAGUCUCCCCGUGACCGGCGGCAUCGUCAAGCGCACGGCUCAGGAGAUCUUCAGCAUUGUCCCUCCUGUUUCCGCUUAGGGAGAGCGAGUUUUACUUUUUUCUUGUCAUUAUUCUCUCGGAUGUGGCUGGCGCAAGUGUGGCCGUUUUGGUGAAGCCUUCAUGAACAGUUUUUCGUUACUCACUGAUAUGUUUUUUUUUCGUCUCGGGUUUAUCGCUUCAAAUUUGAUGAUACCAAAGUGGCCAUGGUUAGGCAGUCAGAAUAAAAGAAUUACAACCAACUGAAUUAUCAGGCAUAGAUCGUGCCAUGUUUAUCACAUUGGAUACCUAUCCUGG